CUCUACCGUCGUAACAUGUUUUGGUCCCAGUUUCCCAUCCUCCUCCAUGCUUUUUACGUGCGGGGUAUGAUUUUUAGCAAGAAAAAUUAGACUGAAACCACGAAAAAAAAGGUUUUUAUUAACAGGAUAAGUGUUGAAGACCAGAGAUCAACCAAAGGGGUGUGAAAUUCCAAAAUGUCUGCUUCACUGAGGAGAGCCAGCAUGCUGCUGUUAACAAGAAUGAGGAAUCAUCCAUCAAAUCACAGUUUGAGAACUGUUUAUUCUGUAACCAAAAGGUCUCCCAGUCCAGUCAGUUACCAGCUACCAAGAGCACUGUCAGUGUUGCAUCCUCAAAUACAGGAAGUGGAUUCAAAUGGAAAAGAGCUUGAAUCAGGGGACUUCUCAAAAUUUAGAUUAUCUCAAGAAACUGUUGAGCUUCUGAAAGCAAAGAACAUUACUCAUCUUUUCCCAAUCCAAAGUGAGACGUUUGACUUCAUUUAUAAUGGUGAAGAUGUUAUGGCUCAAGCAAGGACAGGCACUGGGAAGACACUGUCCUUUAUAUUACCUCUAAUUGAAAAACUCAAGUUAGAAAAUCGGUCUGAAUCUUAUAGACAAGCUCCAAAGGUGUUGGUUUUGGCACCAACAAGGGAACUUUGUAAACAGAUUGGUGGUGAAUUUGACUAUUUCAAAUCAGGUCUAAAAGUGGGCUGCUUUUAUGGAGGAGUUCCAGUCGGCCCCCAAGCUGAUGCAAUUGAAAGAGGUCUGGAUAUUGUAGUUGGAACACCAGGAAGACUCAUGGAUCACGUGGUUAACGGAAGUCUAAACCUCAGAGAGUUGAGGUAUGUGGUCAUCGAUGAGGUUGACAGGAUGUUAGAUAUGGGAUUUUCAGACGUUGUUGAUGACAUUCUUCAAGAAUCAUACAGCUACGGGGAGAAGCCUCAGGCAUUGUUGUAUAGUGCAACAUUACCAUCAUGGGUUCACAAUACAGCCAAAAAGUAUAUGAGUGAAGACAAGAAAGUAGUGGAUCUUAUCGGGACACAGUCACUGAAGGCAGCUGAAACUGUGCAGCACUUGGCAGUCCAGGCCAACAAGGAUAACUUGGCUUCCGUAAUAAGUGACGUUGUCCAGGUAUACUGCGGCGCCCACAGCCGAACGCUCAUUUUUACCGAAACAAGGAACGAAGCAAGCUAUUUGGGAUUGAAUUCUGUCCUCAAGCAAGAUGCACAAGUUCUUCAUGGAGAUAUUAAUCAAGAACAGCGAGAGAUAACCUUAAGGAGUUUUCGCGAGGGAAAAGUACGGUGUCUUGUAGCCACAGAUGUUGCAGCAAGAGGUUUGGAUAUUCCUGAAGUGGACCUGGUUGUUCUAACGCAACCACCAAAGGAUCUUGACAUGUACAUCCAUCGUUCAGGAAGAACGGGCAGGGCCGGCCGUAAUGGAGUAAGCGUUGUAAUUCACGGUCCAGGUCAGCUGGCGCAGUUGCGUGCAGUGGAGAAAAGUACUGGUAUCAAAUUUAAGCGCAUUACACCUCCAUCAGCAGACGAUAUCAUUAAGGCGUCUGCUUCUGAUGCAGAAAGGUUUAUAGAGGAAAUUUCUCCUGAUGUGGUGGAGAAGUUCCGAGAUUUUGCUCAAGCGCUUGUGGAAAAACUUGGAGCUGUUGAAGCAUUAGCAGCUGCACUGGCGCACAUCUCCAACACGAAAGAGAUCAAAUCGCGUUCUCUCAUAACAGGCGAAGAGGGUUUCAUCACCUACUUAUUGAAAUCUCGUUUGGAGAUGUCUGGAACAGGCUUCAUAUGGAAGGCACUGGAAACGUUCCCAGAGAUAAAAAGACAUGUGCGCAACAUGAGACUCUGUCAGGACAGUAUGGGUGUGGUAAUGGAUGUGCCUGAUCAUCUCGAAGAUUUAAUGGGGGUUGAAAAUCUUCUUAAGGAAAGGAGAAUUUCUGCUGUAGAGAAAAUAUCUGAACUGCCAGAGUUGAGGCAAAGACCGCAACGCAGUGACACGAGAGAUACGAGGUCGAUUCGCAGUUACGGUGAAAUGGAUCGAAGAUUUGGUGCAAAGACAGGCGGUUUUCGUGAAAGACGUGAAAGUUAUGGUGGACGACAGUCUUUUCGAAGAUCUUCUGAAUUUGGAAGAACGUCAGAAGUUCUGAAAAGGUGGCAGUAACGACUCAAACGAACUGUGGCUGUGAAAUUUUGGGGAGGACAGUCAGGUUUCAUUCACGCAGGGCGUUAAAUUUCAGCUGGUUCCUCCAAACGAGGUUUUAGCUUUAAAGCAUAUUAUUUGAUCGAAUUUUCCUGUGAAUAAUUUCUUUCUGAAAUGUAUCUUGUGUUCAGUGAUCAUUUCAAUCAGAUUCCUUUCAUGAAUAUUUCUUGGCUUCGUAUUGAAAGGAAUCAAGACAUUGUUGAAGGUUCAGUCCAUAUUGCAAACGCUGUUUCUAAAGUUACUAUAAGCUUUUUACUAAAAUUAUUUUACCUUACGUAAAUUAGUAUUUGAAUAACUUACUGAAAGGUGUAUGUUAUUAUUGAAAAAAAGAACUGCAAGCAUAUUAGUUUAAUUUCGCUAUUAACUUGAGCGCGACUUUCCCCACUCUGCUAGAAGCUCACCAAUAAAUUUUCUGCCGCUCAAUUCGCAGAUAAUGUGGUAGUUGGUGGUUUAUCCGGGUGACCUUAGGUAAAGUUAACGCAUUUACAAAACCUGGUGAUGAGAAAGUUCAAUCUUGAGCCCAAACAUCCAAUGGAAAGGAAAACGAAACGUUCAGUGCCGCCUAGUUUUAAGGUUUAUUUCAAGUAAAACACGCAAAUACACUUCGGUUAUGAACAAAAAGGAUCAAUGUAUCUGAACAACUGCACACCUAGCCCCCCCUAACUCAACAUCAACCCUAACUUGUUGUCAGUUGACUGUUGUUGGGUUAGGGGAGGGGUGGGUGUGCAUUUUCUUAGAUAAUGACGUAGAUGAGAUAGCAACUUAAGUUCUUAGCUGUGUAAUAAGAACGGUAGGACUUUGAAUUUUGGUGCUUAAAAGGGAGGCUACAAGGUUUGUUUUGCCAUCCCACUUUUGACAAUGUUUGGAAAAAUUUAAGCUACCUAGAGAGAUCAGAUAUUGAAAUUUUUCUUCUGUGUAUUUACUCAACAGGUUUUCUCUCCCAUUUUCCCAAGAGUAUAUUAAGGGCGCCAUUUGUACAAAACUGUGCAUCUACACUCCGCUAAGGCAUCUCCCCACCAAAUCCUUUUAACUAAAAACUUGUCAUAUUCUCCUAACCUGUCUUCACGACAGUGUACUGAUUCUUUAAGUAAUAGACUGCACUCUUAUCGGUUCACUGGCAUAGUAAACCACUUGGUAUGUUGGGUGUUCCACAUUGAGUGAGCUUCCAACAUCCCUUGAGGGUUAUUACAUGGUAAACCAAUGGAGAGUGCAGUCUAUUGCUUUUAUAAAAUAAACUUCAAUAUUCCAUGGCUUUACUAGAGCCAUAAAUAAUAUGUCUGUGGCCAAUCA